AUGCCUGAGCCUGCCAAAUCUGCGCCAGCUCCUAAGAAAGGCUCUAAAAAGGCCAUUACUAAAGUCCAAAAGAAAGAUGGCAAAAGGCGCAAGCGCAGCCGCAAGGAGAGUUAUUCAGUGUAUGUGUAUAAGGUGCUGAAGCAGGUCCACCCUGACACGGGUAUCUCGUCCAAAGCAAUGGGCAUCAUGAACUCGUUUGUUAAUGAUAUCUUCGAGCGCAUCGCGAGCGAGGCAUCUCGCCUGGCCCAUUACAACAAACGCUCGACCAUCACCUCGCGGGAGAUCCAGACAGCGGUGCGCCUGCUGUUGCCCGGCGAGCUGGCUAAGCACGCCGUGUCUGAAGGUACCAAGGCCGUCACCAAGUACACCAGCUCCAAGUGA